GGUAAAAAAAAUAAAAAUAAAAAGGCGAGACAGGGGAGGGGGAAAGAACGAGAGUGAGAAAGAGAGAGUCAUCAUUCGCUUUAAGUAUCAGACCUUUUGCCGUCCCCUCCUCGCCUAGGCUCCCAUUUCUUUCCCAUCUCUCCUCCAGAUCUUCUUUUGAGCAAAAGGUAUCUUUGUUAACUUCUAGUAUCCUUGGCACGGCUUCUUAAUAUUGCAAAGGCACCUUCAAUUGUCGUGGUUAUUGCAAAAGGGUAGAAAACAAGGUUAUGCACAAUGGCUAAUUCUGUGAAAAAUCUGGAUCCUGCCUUCCAGGGAGUUGGCCAAAAAGUAGGAACAGAAAUCUGGCGGAUUGAGAACUUUCAGCCAGUUCCUUUGGCAAAAUCAGAUUAUGGCAAAUUUUACUCGGGAGAUUCCUACAUAGUCUUACAGACAACUGCUGGAAAAAGUGGUGCCUAUCAAUAUGACAUUCACUUUUGGAUCGGACAAUAUACAAGCCAAGAUGAGGCUGGAACUGCAGCAAUUAAGACAGUUGAACUUGAUGCAAUCCUUGGAGGCCGUGCAGUUCAACAUAGGGAACUUCAGGGGUAUGAAUCUGAUAAGUUUCUGUCAUGCUUCAAACCUUGCAUUAUUCCUUUGGAGGGAGGUUUUGCCUCUGGGUUCAAAAAGCCUGAAGAGGAGAAGUUUGAAACACGACUAUACAUUUGUAGAGGAAAACGAGUUGUUAGAAUGAAGCAGGUUCCCUUUGCUCGCUCUUCAUUGAAUCAUGAUGAUGUAUUUAUCUUGGACACCAUAAAUAAAAUUUAUCAGUUCAACGGUGCUAACUCCAAUAUUCAAGAAAGGGCUAAAGCAUUAGAAGUAAUACAACACUUGAAGGAUAAGUAUCAUGGAGGAAAAUGUGAUGUUGCAAUUAUAGAUGAUGGAAAGCUUGUGGCGGAGUCAGAUUCUGGUGAAUUCUGGGUCCUCUUUGGUGGCUUUGCACCAAUUGGCAAAAAGACUAUUAGUGAAGAUGAUGUUGUUCCAGAAGCCACUACUACAAAGCUUUUUAGUAUCAAUGAUGGUCAGUUGAAAUUGGAAGAAGACGCUCUUUCUAAAGCAAUGUUGGAAAACAAUAAAUGUUAUUUACUGGAUUGUGGAUCCGAGAUAUUUGUCUGGGUUGGUCGGGUGACACAAGUGGAGGACAGAAAAGCUGCCAGCAAAGCUGCUGAGGAAUUUAUUGCUAAUAAAAAUAGACCAAAGGCGACACGCAUAAGUCAAAUUAUUCAAGGUCAUGAACCACAUUUCUUUAAGUCCAAGUUUGAAGCAUGGCCAGUGGGUUCAGGGACAGGAAAUUCUGGCGGAGAGGAAGGAAGAGGAAAAGUGGCAGCUUUGCUAAAGCAACAGGGUGUUGAUGUUAAAGGAAUCUCCAAAAACUCUCCUAUAAAUGAGGAGGUCCCUCCUUUGCUAGAGAGUGGUGGAAAACUUGAGGUUUGGCGUAUUAAUGGAAGUGCAAAGACCCCGGUUCCAAAGGAAGAGAUUGGUAAAUUCUACAGUGGAGACUGUUAUAUUGUGCUUUAUACAUAUCAUUCUGGUGAAAAGAAAGAGGAAUAUUUCUUAUCUUGUUGGAUGGGAAAGGACAGUGUUCAGAAUGAUCAAAUGAUGGCUACUCGGUUAGCUAAUACAAUGUGGAACUCUUUGAAAGGAAGACCAGUUCAGGGUCGCAUUAUCGAAGGCAAAGAGCCAUCUCAAUUUAUUGCACUCUUUCAGCCCAUGAUUGUUUUGAAGGGUGGAAUCAGCUCUGGUUACAAAAAAUUCAUAGCAGAGAAGAACUUGAAUGAUGAAACUUAUAGCUCAGAUGGCAUUGCACUGAUUCGAAUAUCUGGUAUAUCAGUUCAUAACAAUAAAGCAGUUCAAGUUGAUGCGGUGGCAACAUCCUUAAGUUCCACUGACUGUUUCUUGUUGCAAUCUGGGAAUUCACUAUUUACAUGGCAUGGAAAUUCCACUACCUUCGAACAGCAGCAAUGGGCUGCAAAAGUUGCAGAAUUUUUGAAGCCUGGUGUUGCACUGAAGCAUGCCAAGGAGGGAACUGAGAGUUCUGCUUUCUGGUUUGCUCUUGGUGGAAAGCAAAGUUUUACCACCAAGAAGCUUACACAAGAUGUCAUCAGAGAUCCCCACUUGUACACCUUUUCAUUUAAUGAAGGAAAGUUAGAGGUUACUGAGGUUUACAAUUUCUCUCAAGAUGAUUUACUGACCGAGGAUAUAUUGAUACUUGACACCCAUGCUGAGGUCUUUGUUUGGGUUGGUCAGUCUGUGGAUUCCAAGGAGAAACAGAAGGCAUUUGAUAUAGGACAUAAAUACAUAGAGCUUGCAGCAUCCCUAGAAGGGUUAUCCCCAGAUUUACCACUUUAUAAAGUCACAGAAGGGAAUGAACCAUGUUUCUUUACAACAUACUUCUCAUGGGAUGGUGCAAAGGCAAUGGCUCAAGGAAAUUCUUUUCAAAAGAAGCUUUCCCUUCUUUUCGGGACAGCUGUGCAGGCUUCAGAGUCUGAUGAUAAGUCCAACUAUUCAAAUCAUAGUGGACCCACUCAGAGGGCAUCAGCAUUGGCCGCUCUAUCUUCUGCAUUUAACCCAUCUUCCACAUCCAAAAUUAGUGCUCCAAAACCAUCCCGAUCAGGCCAAGGAUCACAAAGAGCAGCUGCGGUUGCUGCACUAUCUUCCGUUCUUACUGGCGAGCAAAGGAAAAGAUCUGAAACUUCUCCAGCUCGAUUCAGCAGAAGCCCUUCCCCAGGCCCAGAUGCAACUGUUGCUGAUACUGUGAAGACUGAAAGUGCGAGCACUGAGGUCAGGAAUCCUGAAGAAAUUUCAACAGAAGGAGAUAGAUCCACAACAGAGAGUAAUGGAGCAGAUUCUAAGGUGAUACAAGAUUUGAAGAUAGGUGAAGAUGGAGAUCAAAGCACAUUCAGUUAUGAAAGAUUGAAAGCCAAGUCUAGCAAUCCUAUCAGGGGCAUUGACUACAAAAGAAGAGAGGCCUACUUAUCUGAUGCUGAGUUCAAGACUGUUCUUGGUAUGACUAAAGAGGCAUUUUAUCGGCAGCCCAAGUGGAAGCAGGAUAUGCAGAAACGGAAGGUGGAUCUCUUCUAAGCAUGUGCAAUCAAGAUAGGCUACCUCAUCCAAAUUCUCAGUUCAGAUAUGCUUUGACAUUUUUCCUUCUUGUUUUCCAUCCGCUCUUUGUUCGGGUUGAGAUCUGCAGUCAUAUCCUUUAUUGGUGCCGCUUGCUGUUCCUUGAUUACUAAUGCUUGCUUGCUGGGUGAUUUUGCAACAUAGUAGGUAUUUUUUUUGUUUGUACAUGAGCAUUUUUCUUUGGCUGCUUGACUGUCUCCCAAGUUUGCUCGGUUUGUUACGGUAGUGGUUCAUAUGUAUAUAUUUUGGGUUUGAUACAUAUGGACCAUCUGUAAUUCAUAUCGUAUAUAUUUAAGGUAUACUGUGUUUAUAUUUGGAAAAAAAAGGGUUGUACUGUAUUAAGUUGUAAAACAGACUAUUGAUUUAUAUUUUUAUUGCAUGUAAUUUUCAAAUA